CAGAGCUGUUAAAGAGGAUAAGGCUCAUUGCCACCCCUCAUGUGUUCCGAACACUCACAGAGGGGACUCUGCUUCCUUGCUCCCAAGUUUAAGGCCACAUUCCUUUGAGCUGAAACCAAAGGACAGAUGCAGUCUUGAAAUGAUGAAGGUUUCCACUGGCUAACAGUCAUCCCAGGAUGUGUCAGAUUUUCUAUAGUUUUUCAAGGUCAUGCCCAGUGGAGCGGAGAAUGGCAAUCACUGGAGAGAAAGAACAAGUGGUGCCAAACCACAGCUUUUUCCCUUACACCCCCCUCAAACAGCCCAACUAACCUGCCCCCACCCCAGAGACAUACCUCAGGUAGGGGGUAAACCACUCCCCACACCCGUCCCCAUGAACGAAAGGGGGUAUAAAUGAAGGUGCAAAAGAGGAGAGAGCAACUCAGAGGGCGAUCGAACAACCGAGAUGGGUCCCAUGGCGAGACACGACACAUUGAUGUUCUUCAUGGCCUGCUUGGUGUGGACGACAUGUUCAGCAGCACCAAUGCAGUGUCACUUCAACUCUCAAGCUCUGUGUGAAUAUGAUGGAAAGCAGUACUCUAUGGGAGAAAGCUGGAUGGAGCAGGGCUGUGUGCAGUGCACCUGCCUGCACCCUGUGGGAGUGGGUUGCUGUGAAACUGUGCAUCGGCCUGUGGACUUUCCACCCUAUUGUGAAGUUCAAGUUGAAUCUCUGACCUGCCAGGUCAUGCUGGUUAUGACCUCUGAUCCUCGUCUGCCCUGCAUUCCUGGAGAAGACAACAAUGCUGACCCAAGACAUGGAGCACUCAACAUGAAACUUGAAGGUUAGCAUGGAGAAAGCCUGCAAAAAUCACAAAUCCUCUGCUUGUCAGCUAACAUCUGUCUCACUGUUAAGCGAGAUGGGAAAUUACUCCUAUAGCAACUGUAUUCUCAUAACAUAACUAUUACCAUUUAAGGAAGCAGUUUGACAUGUACAGCAUGUAAGGGAGGAAAGCGAGUCCUGUAUUGGAGUGAGAGAUCAGAAGUUAUUUUUAUUUGUAUGUAAUGUUGAGCAUUAUGUGUAUUUGUGCCUUUUCUACCAUGUUACUAUUAUAUCACUAUAACAGUAUUAGCAGUGAAUGGCCUGUCAUUGUCUUUUACAGUUCUUUCUCUCAAUAGCAAAGAUGUUUUCAA